GGAGGCCAAGCAUGGAAGCCCCAACUGAGAAGCGGCAAGCAACCAAGUAUGAGAACGCCUCAUGCAGCACUCCUCUUUUUACUCUUCAUGCUGGCGUGCCUCCGCGGUGCCUACUCCGGUGGCGGCCGGAGCCGCUUCACCUCCAUAAUCAGCUUCGGGGACUCCUACGCCGACACGGGUAACCUGGUCUUGUGGACUGAUCCCGUCCUUCCGGGUCUCCUGCUCAAGAACCUCCCCUACGGUGAGACCUUCUUCGGCCACCCCACCGGGCGUGCCACCGACGGCCGCCUGGUGCUGGACUUCAUCGCCGAGGCUUUGGGUCUGCCUUCUGUGCCGCCAUACCUCGCAAAGGGGAGCAACUUCUCCGCCGGAGUAAACUUCGCCGUGGCAGGAGCGCCGGCUCUGAACCUGACAUACCUGCAGGGACUGAACCUGACCGUGAACCCUCCGAUCAACGGCUCCCUCCACGAUCAGCUCGUGUGGUUCCAGAAUCUGAAGCCUUCGCUCUGCAAAGGACAAUCAGGUAGCGAUUGCUUUGGGAGCUCCCUGUUUGUCAUGGGAGAGUUCGGAGGAAAUGACUACAUAAGCUUCCUUCUGUCCAACAGAACUGUUGAACAAGCCAGACCUUACGUUCCUCAAAUUGUCGACAGCAUUUCCAGAGGCGUAGAGAAACUAGUCCAGCAUGGCGCCAAGUACAUCCUUGUGGCAGACAUCUUCCCGAUUGGCUGCCUACCAGGAGCGCUCACAAAGCUCGCUAGCCCAAACACGGUGGAGUAUGAUCGGCACGGAUGCCUGAAGAGUGUGAACCGGCUGGCCCGCUACCACAACUCUCUCCUCCGUCAACAGAUCAAGACGCUCCGGCACAAGUACCCACAUGCCAAGUUCAUUACCGCCGAGUACUACAAACCCUUCCUUGCAUUCUUAGAUAUGCCGGGGCAUUUUGGACUGAAUAGCAGCACAACCCUCCUCACCUGUUGUGGUGCAGGAGGCCCUCCUUACAACUACGACUUCAACGCAGGGUGCGGUCUGCCGGGUGUGGAGGCGUGCGCAAAUCCAUCCGAGGCGCUUCAGUGGGAUGGUUUCCACCUCACGGAGUCCGCCUACAGGGUCGUUGCCGAUGGGUGGCUCCAUGGCCCCUACGCGGAUCCACCGAUAAUGCACGUUGCACGCUAGUAGUAAUACCCAUAAUUUGUUUCUUACUGGCCUAAAACGCCAUGUGUGCUAGAGUUGAAAAUUCAGAUUCACGGGCAUGCCUAAAUUUCUGUCUAUAUAUGUAUCUAGCUUGAACCGUCAUCCAUUCAACUAAACUAGCGGGGAAACCGUCAUACACAUUUUUCUACAUGGUGUCUUCUAUU